CACCAGUAGACCGCCACAAUUAUGCAUUUUCCACUUAUAUAAGACCACCACUAGUCUUUAUCCUUUGCCUCCACUUGAUCCCUCCAUCUCUCCAUUCCCCUCCAUCAAAAGAAUUUCCAUUUCUUCCGUGGGAUUUCUGCGAUUUUUUUUUCUCACUCGGUUUCUUGUGGGGCUGGCCGCGAGGUUGCGAGGCCAAGCAGCGCAGCAAAAGUUGCGAUCUUUAUCGGCUGGAUUCCUCUCCUCCCUUUCUCUCUCAUCCUCCGCUUCCUUUGUGCUUCGUUGUUGAGAGUUGAGACCCACUUGCCUUUCUUCUCUCUCUCAUCCCCCUUCCAACUCCUCCUGGUCCCUGGAAAAAAGGAGAUCUUUUGGUGCAAGAUUCGAUCUGCUGUUGCCGCCUUGCUGCACAGAGAUUUGCUCCUUUCUUGGCCGGUUUCGCUCGGUGGUUUCUUGGAGUGGCAGGGCUUUCUGGUGUGGGCAGUUGCAGUUCUUGAUCCAGGCUCAGAUUGCAGGCGGUGGAUGAUUGCUCUGAGGGCGAGGUUGCUGCGGUCAGGUGAUUCCUUGGUCGCUUGUGGUGGCGGUGGCCUCGUUUGAUCCGUUUCUUCGGGAGAUUUUGGUUGAUGUGUUGGGUUUCCUGGGAGCUCAGUUCCCCAAUUCGCCAUUUUGAUGAGGAGUUCUUCCUACUGUGAGAGCAACUGCGCUCCUCCCCUGUGCUACCUGCCCUGCCUCCCCAAAUCCAAAGACGAUGCAGGGGGUGAUCUGGCAUCCGGGUCUCCAAGCCCGGCCGCUGUCACCGAGGACAAGCCGCCCGUGGUCCAGAAGAUUGAGGAAGCCGCGGCGGCGCCCGGCGGCGAUGAUGAUGAUGAGAAAGGCUGUAAGGAGGUGGCGGUGGCUUCCAAGAGCUGCUUGAAGAGAGCUGAUUGUGCGGACAGCAGUAAGAAUGUGGUGAAAGGCAAUGUGAAGUGGAAGGAUUUGUUGGGGAAGGAUCUCACACAAGUCAAAGAAUUCGAGCCAAGCGAAUCCGGAGACUCGGACGAUGAUGAAGACACCGGCGCCUGCACCUGUGUCAUCCAAUGAGGCCAGGGGUCUCCACUGUAAAUUCUGUGAAGAAAAAACAAAAAGCAAAAACAGAAGAGGAUUGUCUGAGUCAGCCAUUAGUCAUUGUCUGUAGAGGCUAGACCGCUAGAGAGCAGCAGGUCCAUCCAUUGUUGUGCGUGUGGAUAUUUGGAUGCCAUGGCUUGUGUUGUGUUUCAUCAGCAGCUUCAACUGUAAAAUGUUGUUACAGAUGCAUAGCUUUAGAAGAUUUCUGCCAAAUGUGCCAUAUUCUCCUGCCUGAAUUUUGCUCUGCUUGCUGUGGCUGAGACAUUCUGAUUGGCUGGUACAUCUGUCUGUCAAUGGGCCUGGCUGGACUUGACCUGAUCCAAUCUGAUGAUUCUAACCGGGCUGGACUGGGCUGUCCAUUUGGGGACAA